AUUUUGCAUGCAACGAAAUAAGUUGAGGCAAAUUUUUGGAGAAAAAUAAUAAUGAAGUUUAACCUGCAGAUUGUAACCUUGCUUUUCAUAAUAUUUCUUGCUAUGCAGGAAAAUUCUUUUUCAGUACUUGCUCGUCCAGUGAAGAAAGUAAGUCAUGUAUUAACAACAAAGAAAGAGAUGGCAGACAGUAGUGAUUGCUUCAGUUUACCAAAGGAAAUUGUUGCAGUUGAAAGAUUUGCAAGAAAAUUGACAGCUGAAGUGGCAAAGAAGGCGGUUUCCCAUUCUCUUGGAAACAGAAAAGGUGAAGAAGAAGAAGAAGAAGAAGACAUUUCAACAAUGGCUUUCAGCUCGGAUUAUCAUCCGCCAAAGCCCCAUCCUCCCAAGAACAACUGAUCUAGAGAGAGAAAGAGAGAGGUAGAGUGAGAGAGCAAUUUUCCCCCUGCUCUUGAUCUACCUCUCUCAAAACUAAAGCAUAUAUAAAUUAUAUAUAUGGAUUAUAUAUAGUAUACAGUAUUGUAUUGUUGUAUGUAUGAGAUCAUAUCAAGAAUCAAAUAGUUUCUAUUCAGAAUUAUUUGUUUGUUUGUUUU